AUGUUCCAUUGUAUCGCUCAUUCCCUAACAAGCUUACUGCUCUCAUUUGCUUACCGUUACUACGUUUUGAUGUUUGCUAAUCCAAAAAGGCGCACCAUAAUCGCGAUCCUUAUUCUAGUCUACUUGCCAUCUUUUGUUGCUCUGGUGCUCUUCUGCUUCGAUGGCGACAGUGUCGCCGAUGUCAAGUUGGCUGUUGAGAAGAAUAUUGGGUACAACACGAGCUCCGAAUGCAUGGGCGGUCACCUGAAUAUUCUCAAAUGGAAGACUCUGGUCCCAAUACUUUACAUGACACUACCAGUCACUCCAACUUACAUUGCUAUUCUCAUUCUCAGGAAGCUUAUUAUCACAGCACUGAGCUGUGCAAACAUGUCCAAGCGAACUCGUGUUCUUCACUCGCAACUGCUCAGGGUGAGAUUUUUCUCGCUAAACGCUGUGCAGUUACUUUGCACCCAAAAUCCAAGUCACUAUAUGUUGUAUAUUACAUUAUUAUAUCCGGGGCGCUCGUCAUCCAGGCCUGCCUUCCUAUAUUCUUUGUGUCGUCGCGUCAUAUUUUACGGCAUCGGUCAAUUCAACAUAUACCACCAUCCAUUUUUUGAAUACAACACGGCUACUAUAUAUGGUCUCCUCCCGGUGUUGGGUCCUUUCACAUCGCUUUAUACCAUAAGCCCUUAUCGUUUGUGGAUAGAUAGAAAGAUUUCACGUCCACAUACCAUCGCAACAAUACACCAAGAAACGACAGUUGACGGUCCAACACUGCAGAGAGGAUGA